AUGAGUGGAAGGCCGGAGCCGCAGCAGGGCGCCCCGAGUGCCGGGGGCCCGACGGGAGAGCCCGGCAGGAGCUCCAGUGUCCCCGUCCCGCUCCCCGGGCGCGAGGCCCCGGCCGCCAGCAGGGCGGCGCCGUCCUGGAGGGUCGUCCUCGCUGUGUUCGCGCUGUCGGUUCUGCUGACAGGAUUCGCACACCGCACGUGGCUCAAAGACAGAGAACUGCGCCGGAGGCCCCGAGGGUUUUUCGCGGGGAUCGCAGAGCGCGUCUCCAGGCUCCACGACUACCAGGCCCGGCUCCGGAUGCCAAAGGAGCACCUGGAACUCCUCAGGAAGGAAAGCCAGACUUUGGAAAACAACCUCCGUGAAAUUCUCCUCUUAACGGAAAAAAUCGAUGUGCUGACUGUGUUGCUUAGAGACACGCGGGCCGGUCUGCACAAUUACAGCUGGGUGGCCGAGGGGGAGGCCCCCGGGGCCCAGGGCCACGCCGAGGACCUGGACAAGGAAAUGUCCAACUUGGUAAAUUACGUGCUGAAGAAGCUGAGAGAAGACCAAGUGCAGAUGGCUGACUACGCGCUGAAGUCGGCAGGGGCCUCCAUCGUCGAAGCCGGGACCUCGGAGAGUUACACGAGCGACAAGGCGAAGCUGUCCUGGCAUGGGGUCGGGCUCCUCAACUACCAGAUGCCCCCGGACGUCGUCCUCCAGCCCGAUGUCCACCCCGGAAAGUGCUGGGCCUUCCCAGGUUCCCAGGGCCACGUCCUGAUCAAGCUGGCCGGGGACAUCAUCCCGACCGCUGUCACCAUGGAGCACAUCUCCGAGAAGGUGUCCCCCUCGGGCAGCAUCUCCAGCGCCCCCAGGGAGUUUUCUGUCCACGGCGUCUCAGCGCAGUGUGACGGGGAGGAGGUCUUCCUGGGCCAGUUCGUGUACAACAAGACCAGGCCCACCGUGCAGACAUUUGCGCUCCAGCACGAAGUUUCUGAACCCUUAUUAUGUGUGAAACUUAAAAUCCUCAGCAACUGGGGACACCCGAAGUACACGUGUUUAUACAGAUUCCGGGUCCACGGCAGCCCGGGGGACCCCAGCUAGAGGGCCUGGGGCCGGCGGUCAUGACCUCGGGUCCGGGACGCUCAUGUUCUCAUCCCUAGACUCACGGCUCUCGUAGGAGCCGAAUACCAGGUUCGUACGUGCCGGUAAAAAGUGAAUGGAUUUUACUAAUAAAAACUGUGAGUGUGGU